AAAGAAAGUUGCUCUAUUCGCUACUACUCCAGUCUCCCUCGCUCUCUUUUUCGUAACCUAUGUGCGUUAAUAUAUAUUCCCGAAGCAAGCUGCGACGUUCUCCUUUCUCCUCUUUACAUCGACGGAAUCAGGCGGCGCCACCCGAUGCCGCCGCCUCUGGCGAUAUCCGAGAACUUAAGAAAUAUUAAUCCGUGAACUGUUUGCGGAGUUGGAAUUGUUCGGUGAUUGUGGUUUAGGAUGUCGUCGGGGCUAGUAGUUAAGCGUGCCAAAUACAAAGCUACUGUCAAAGACCCUGGCACUUCUGGCGUUCUCAAAUUGACUCAGGACAAGCUUGUUUUCAGACCUAAUGAUCCUACAUCAAACAACAAGCUCGAAGUGGACUUAAAACUUAUAAAGAGUCAUAAACACACUAAAGAGGGAUCAAACAAACCACCAUGGCUUAAUCUUGGACAUUCACAGGGAAGUUACAUCUUUGAGUUAGAAAGUUUUCCAGAUCUUCAUUGUUGCCGGGAAUUGGUGGGUGUUGCUCUUAGCAAGCAUGAAGAAGCUACAAAAGUUAUUUCCGAAGAACAGCUGAGCCCUGCUGAAAUGGCACUCAGGAUUAAGCUAUUGCAAGAAGAUAGCAAGUUGCAGAAGCUUCAUAAGGAACUUGUGUCUAGCGGUAAGCUUACAGAGUCAGAAUUUUGGGCUACGAAGAAGAAUUUACUGGAUCGAGAUGAAAGCAGAAAGUCGAAACAACGAAUUGGUUUCAAAAAUUCUUUGAUCUUCGAUACAAAGCCUAUGAGUGAUGGUCGGAUUAACCAGGUUAAAUUUCAAUUGACACCAGAGAUUAAAUAUCAGAUUUUUGCCCUCAAACCAGCUGUUCACCAAGCAUUCCUCAAUUUUGUUCCUAGUAAGAUGAACGAGGUAGAUUUCUGGAACAAAUAUUUUAAAGCUGAGUAUAUCCAUAGUACCAAAAAUGCUAUUGCGGCAGCUGCUGAGGCUGCUGAAGAUGAGGAUCUUGCUGUUUUUCUGAAAGAUGAUGAGAUAUUAGAAAGUGAAGCCCGAAAGAAGGUUCGGCGGGUUGAUCCAACUUUAGAUAUGGAAGCAGACCAAGGAGACGAUUACACUCACCUUCCUGAUCAUGGGAUCUUCCGUGAUGGUAGCAAGGAAGUAUCCGAAGCUCAACAUACGAUGUAUAGGAGAACAUUGUUGCAAGAUCUUAACCGACAAGGUGCAGUUGUUCUUGAAGGGAAAACUUUAGAUAUGGAGAUGGAACACCCAACAACAGUAGCAGAAAUUCUUGCUCGGAGAAAACAGGAAUCUGACGGGGCUAUAGAGGAGGAGAGACAAAAGAGAAUUUCUAAAUUGACCCAGAUUGAGGAUCUUCAGGCACAAAAUGAUCAUCCUUUUGCACCACUCUGUAUCAAGGAUCCUCGUGACUAUUUUGAUUCUCAACAAGUUAAUGCAGCAAAAACUCUGGAUGAUUCCCAAGCUGGAAUGGAGCAAAUAAGAUGCAGUUUGGGUUCUGAGGAAGCCUAUGGUUCUUUGAGGGCAUCCAUAUCUAAUAUUAAAGCUAUGGGAUUGAGGGAUCCUCUAUUUAGUCCUGAGGUUGCUCUUAAGGUCCUUAAUGGAUUGACCAAAAAUAUCUCAAGCACCAAAUAUCAUCUUGGGAAAAAUUCUCAGGAGAGUGUCCUUGAUAUAUUGCCCAACACAACUAAGGAGAAUCUACUAGAUCAUUGGGUGUGCAGUCAAGAAUUGCUGAGGCACUUUUGGUCUUCAUAUCCAAUUACAACACAGAACCUUGUUAAUAAGACCAGAAGACUGAAAGAUGCCAUAUCACAAAUAUAUUCUAAACUUGAGGAAAUAAAGGUAUCUGCUCAGUCGGAACUGCGGCACCAGGUUUCCCUUGUUGUCCAUCCCAUGCAGCAGGCUUUGGAUGCUGCCUUAUUACAUUAUGAUGCUGACAUUAGGAAAAGAAAUGCAAGAGGACAGAAGCCUAACGGUUAUGUUUAGGAGAAUAUUUUUGUCUCUGCGCACUUCAAUUUAGAAAUGUUUCAAUUUUGACGUGACCUCAAAAAAGAAAAAGAAAAAAGUAUGGCUAUUCAUCUCUAUAUCGUGAUGAAAUCAAUUUCUAUUAGAAAUUUAGAAUCAGUGAGGAAGAGCCUUGCUAAAUAGUUAACUAUCAACAUGGAAUUACGUGUCAACGCAGUCCCUAGGCAGUCCGAAUGAAGUACAUACACAAGUUUUGAGAAUUCACAUUCCAGCCUUUUCUUCCCUGUACUAUAUCUUCCUACUUCUUGUCUGUAGCAGUAUACAACAAUGGUUAACAUGAUUACUUUGUCCUUUCAUACACAAUAAAUUAGGGGCUCCGAAAU